AUGCCAAGCUUAUAGCGAAAUGUUCUAUUGAAACACCAGUUUAAGUAUUAAGCUAUCCCUGUUAAUUUGAUGAACAUUGAAAUUAAUUUAGAGAGGCAAUAAUGCGAGCUAAUGGGAGCAUUUGGUGUUACUGUGCAAGUAAUAUUAGGGUUGCUUUCUUUUUCAAUUCUUCUCCUUAAAUAACUCAACUCAAGCACAAAGAGAAGUUGGCGCAUUUGGUGUAUGGACACUUCAAAAUAAGCUAUCGGCUCCUUUUAUAUACAUACGAUAAAUGUGAUAAUUUCUAAUUACUUAACUUAUACAGUUCAUCCUUAAAAUUAAUCAGUUACAGCUUGCAAUUGGUACUUAGUAAAUUACUUACAAGAUUUUAUAUUGGGUAAUUCUAUGAAUUUCUUUGUAGUUUAUAUGAUAAAGAAGUUCAACGAUAAAUACAAGAUACCAGCACUCCAGUUUGGGUAAUAUAAUAGCUAACAGACUAUUGAAGACUACUAUCCCUAGCUAUUAGCUUGGCUAAUAUUGAUUUCGAUUAACAAGAUCAUAUUGAUGAGUAACAUUUUUAUCUUCUCUAAGUUCUUUCAUGAAGUUGGAGAUUCUCUACUUAGAAACUUGAAAAACUACCCAAAAACUUAACUAAUAUUGGUAGUUGUUGUAAUUCCUUUAAUAUUUAACACUAUUUCAUACUGGACUACAGAUAGUUUUCUGAGAUCUAAAGAUGAAAACCAAAUUCUCUCUUAGUAACCAUAUGAAAAAAUUUAAGGCUAAAUUAAUUAAGAGGGAGAUGACGAAGAAGAAGAAUAAGAAACUAAAUUUAAUUCAAAUUAAGAUCUUUUUAACAAUGGAUCAAGUGAUGAAUUAAAUUCAACAUAAGAAAUUUUUUCUGAAGACAACUUAAAAUUUUAAUAAAUUUGA